AUGACCUACGAGAUUCAGCCCAUUUUGAAAGGUACACGACGCGAUCCGGUGACAAAGCGGUACAACAAGGCGGCGGGUAAGAGCCCGUUCGGUGUUUUUCCUCCUGGUUAUGCCCCAAAGAAAACAACUACUGCUGAUUUAACGGAAACGUGCAAAGAGGAGUCAGUGUCGUUGCGCGGGGUUAAGUUUGCCUAUGCGGGCACCCGAUCCGGCUUUGGCGGGGCCACAAGUUCGCUCUAUAAGGGCCGUCCAAACAAUACUAACUCUGAUGCCUUUUCGGCCAACGGUGCGGGUGACAGUAAACCACCCAAGGCGGGUGCAUUUAAGCGUCGCAUUAUUCCCCCCACUGAAUUUCGUCGGUACUAUGAUCGUGGUGACUUGCCGUUAGCCGUGUCACACGGGAGCCGUCCCAGCAUCGAUUGGAAGGUGGAAGUGGAGCGACUGGAUUACCACCACUACCUUCCCAUAUUCUUUGAUGGGAUACGUGAAACAGAGGAGCCGUACAUGUUUCUGGCCCGCCAGGGUUGCCUGGAUCUGCUUCAGCGCGGGAGCGCCAAGGUCCUUCCCACUAUUCCGCAGCUUAUUAUUCCCAUCAAGACAGCACUAAACACGCGUCAUCCGGAGAUUAUCUGUGCGACUCUUCGUAUCCUGCAACAGUUGGUUGUUAGCGGCGACCUCAUUGGCGAAGCUCUUGUUCCAUAUUAUCGGCAGAUUCUUCCCAUGUUUAAUCUAUUUAAAAGCCGCCACAAACACCGUGCUCGCGGAGAUACGAUUGAUUAUGGUCAGAGAAAGCGUGACGAUGUAGGCGACUUGGUGGAGGAGACACUUCAACUGCUUGAGCUGCACGGCGGUGACGAUGCGUACAUUAAUAUCAAGUACAUGGUGCCAACCUACGAAAGCUGUGUGUUCAGCUAG